AUGUCCCAGCACUCCUCUGGUGGUGGCGGAGGAGGCCCCUGCCACUGCUCUCCUGAGGACUGUGACGGACCAGGAAGGGACUACUACCAGGGUCACGAUGGCCACUUCUACCCUUCAGGAGGACCAGCUGAAGCUCUGGCACUGGAGAGGCACCAUUCCCACUCCCACUCCCACUCCCAUAGCCAUUCCGGAGGGGGAACAUUCCCCCGUUCCCACCCCAGCCAGCACCCACCUCUCCAGUCGUUUGACUCUUGUGAGGAGUGCCUGUCAGGGCACGGAGGGAAGAUGCACCGCAUCCCCCCGAACCUGAUGGACCAGUUCGAGAAGCAGGUGCCCUUUCAUCCUGAUGGCUUCCACACCCUGCAGUACCAGCGCACCACCAGCGGGGGUGCCGAGCAGCGCAGCGAGAGUCCCUCCCGGAUCCGCCACCUGGUCAACUCGGUGCAACGCCUCUUUGCCAAGUCCCAUUCCCUGGAGGCUCCAUCCAAACGGGAGUACAACGGCACAAGAGGAGGCGGGGAUUACCGAGGCGAGAGAGGGGGAGGCCACAGGAGUGGAGGCGAAGAUGGAGGAGGCCACUACUCUGGACACCAGUCCCGCUCAACCAGGAGGAACAAGUCUCGAGAGCGUAGCAAGAGUGGAGACUCGCGGCACGAAUCAGGUCGACGCCACCGCAGCAGGACGGCAGGUUGGUGGAGCUCCGAUGACAACCUGGACAGCGAUAGCAGCUUCCUUGUCAGUGGGGGAAGACGGGGGUAUCCCAGUGGACACGAGAGCCUGGAUGCAGCCAUCCAGGAACUCACCAUGAAGAGGCCCAAAGAUCGUGGAGGUGGGCCGAUGCCUGGGGAGUGCAUAGCCUGUACCACGAUGGCUCUGGCUGGUAGUGAAGGAGGGGGGCACCACGGGCAUCAUGGCCACUCUAUGAAAAGGAGCACCUGGUCAGCCAUGACAGUGAGUCAGGCCAGAGAGGUGUACCCCUCCACCAGGGGAGGAAGCUAUGAAAAAGCUCUGGUGCCUGUGGAGAGUAAGCUGAAGGAGAGGUCUUUCCACUACUUGCAGGUCCCCUCAGAAGACUGGGGCGGUGGGUACAGUGGCAACGACAGCGGAGGGGAGAUUCCCUGUCGACGCAUGCGGAGUGGCAGCUACAUCAAGGCCAUGGGUGAUGAUGACAGCGCUGACUCAGACACCAGCCCAAAAGCCUCUCCUAAGUCCACCCUGAUCGCACAGAGGGAUGCCUUCAGACGGUCUAUCAGCAUGGAUCAAAGGUACUCAUGUAAGCAGUGUACUGACUCCUACCCCAACAGCCGGACUACACCCAAAACCCACACCCGCUCCCGUAGCUACACCCGCUCUCUGACCAGCUCACAGUUGGGUGACACGUUGAACCGUCAGUUUGAGUCGGUGUGUGAGACCAUGUUCGGAGAAGUGGAGUCUCAAGCCGUGGAGGCUUUGGAUCUUCCAGGCGUGUUCCGCACUCGCAGCCACAGCUACGUCCGUGCCAUCCAGGCUGGAUGCUCCCAGGACGAUGACUGCCUCUCUGUCUUCUCCAUGUCAGGCCCCCAGGGAAGCAUCAAGGGCGGGGCCGUCUUUCCUUAUCGCAAAGGUGCUCCUCCCCCACUCCCACCUCGCAUGUCCAAGUCUUCACUCUCGGUGCGAGCCCAGAGCAGCACCGAGUCCACGCAGGAUGCCUACUUCCAGAGCAGUGGACAGCUGGUUUCCACUUCAGGCCCCGGUCGUCCCAAACAGCACAGCAACUCAGUGGACCUGGGCAGCUCCGACGGCCCCUCAGGUCGCUCCUCCAGGGGAGGAUACUACACCUCCACCAGCCCUGGACGUUCCCGACAGCACAGUAACUCAGCAGAGAGCCUUGAUGGGGUCAGGGGUUCACGGGAGCUGGUCCCAUAUGGAGGGGUCCCAGGGAUUGGGGUGAGGGCGAAGCACAGCAGCUCGGCUGACAGUCUGCUGGAGGGACCACCAAGGCCGGCCAGGGAGAGAGACAGAGCCGGGGGCAGCCUGGGGAAGUCCACGUCUCUGCCUCAGAACAGCAUCGUGCUGAGCAGAGCUGGGGGGCAGGACGACGGGCGCGGGGGCAGGAAGUGGAGGCCGUCCAUCGCUGUGCAGGUGGACAGCUCAGAAACUCUGUCAGAUUCAGACGCGGAGGGCAAAGCGCUCACAGAGGUCCACUCUAUAGGAGUCCAAGUGGAAGAUGACAAAAGGCGGGCUCGUUUCAAGCGCUCCAACAGCGUGACGGCGAGCGUGCAGGCUGACCUGGACCCCGAGGGCUUCCCUGGGCUCAGCAUCGCCGUGCCAACGCAGGACAAGAGUCUUCAGUUUGGCUGUUCCUUCCAAAGGCACUCGUCAGAGCCGGAGUCAGCGAGCCAAUACACGGAGUGUCACCGCACCGUCCACACACAGGGACAGUGGGCCUACAGGGAGGACUUUAUUCAGAGCGGCUACACCACCGAGACCUGCACAACAGACCCGCGGCCCCACCAGCACCCACACUUGCCUCCACGUUCCCACUCCCCGCUCCCCAUCACCUCUGAGCGAGCUUGGGCGGGUACGCCAUCCCUGGAGGGACCACGGAGCCUGCCCGACUCGGGCCGAGCCUCGCCCUGCAUGAGAGACGGGGAGUUCUUCCUGCGUCUCCUGCAGACGGAGGUGGAGAGGAUGGAGGGAUGGUGCCAGAACAUGGAGAGGGAGGCCGAGGAGAACGAGCUGCCGGAGGAGGUUCUUGAGCUGAUUCGAAAUGCAGUUGGCAGUGCCCAGAUGCUCAUGUCUCAGAAAGUCCAGCAGUUCUUCCGCCUCUGCCAACAAAGUGUGGACCCAUCAGCGUACCCCCAGCCCACCACUCAGGACCUGGCGAGCUUCUGGGAUCUGCUCCAGCUCAACAUAGAGGACGUCAGGGUCAAGUUUCAGGACCUCCAGAGGCUCAAGGACUCUAAUUGGAGGCUCCCACCUGAAAAGAAGGAGGAUAAGAAGCUUCCUCCUCCCUUACCAAAGAAGCCAGCAGGCGGGGUGAGUGGCAGCCUCAGGGCUGAUAGCAGCGUGGACGGGGGCGCCGGAGGUGGGUCGGGCGGUCUGGUAGUGCCUCGCAUCGGCGGACACACCCUCCCCAUCAGGGAGAAGUCACUGGACCUCGGGGACCGUCAGAGAACAGAAGCGAGGCGGAGGCUGCUGCAGACGAAGCGCACCGCUUCUUUCAGGCAGAACUCGGCCACAGAGAGCGCAGACAGCAUCGAGAUAUACAUCCCCGAAGCCCAGACUCGACUGUGAACGCCCAGGCGUCUCCCACCCGCGUUGUUCAGGGCUCUCCUGGGCACCAAUCUCAGAAUUUCUGCAGGUCAUUGCUGUUAAUCUGCUACUCAUCCUUUAAGAUUUCUCCACAUAAAUCCAUUACUUGUGCUCAAACAAACAGCCAUUUUAGUGUCUUUAAAUCUGGAUAUUUUACCAACGCUGAGGCCUAGACCUUAAGCGGUAGCUAGCAGAUAUAGACUUUUUAAAGAAGUUUCUUUUCAGUCCACUUUUAUACCAGUAGUCAGCAGAUGUUCACGCAGUAGUAGCAUGCCUGUGCGUGAUCACCUAGCACUUCUCCAUCUCUGAAAAUAAAGGGCUCAAAAGGCACAAAACCUCUGUGUGAGGAGACGACAGAAUCUCCUCUGUACCCCCUGUAAUCAUCUCCUGAACGCCGAGUCAAGUUUGAUAAAUCCACACCCUUUGAUGCUAGCAGUAUGGAUGAUUAAAUAUGGAUCCAUUCAUCACCGUGAGUUAAAACGCCCUUAAAAGUCAGACGACUGACUCCCCAAAGAACAUAGCCGGAGCACAGCCACUCACUACAGCUGGCUCCUAGUUUAGAAAACAUAUUUUAUUUGCCUCUGUCCUUCAUUCUCCAU